AUGGGAAUUCUCAACGACGACGCCGUUUUAAUCGAGCCGGGAAAAAGCUCCGGCGAUCCCAGCGUCGCCACCGUCAAUUGUCCCGAUGAAUCCGGUCUCGGUUCCACUCUCUGCAGAAUCAUCCUCGAAUUUGGUCUCUCCAUAACCAGAGCUGAUUUCUCAACAGAUGGACGAUGGUGUUACAUAGUGUUUUGGGUCACUCCAGAUCAUAGCUCUCCUAAACUCGAUUGGGACAGCUUGAAGAACCGUCUCUUAUCUGCUUGUCCGUCUUGCUUAGGCUCCUUCUACUUCUGUCUUGAGUCAAAUGUCUCAAAGCCUCCUUCUCUUUACCUCCUCAAAUUCUUCUGCCGCGACAGGAAAGGAUUGCUUCACGAUGUUACUAAAGUCCUGACAGAGCUAGAGCUCACCAUCCAGAGAGUCAAAGUCAUGACAACACCAGACGGAAGAGUCUUGGAUAUGUUCUUCAUCACUGACGCAAUCUUCAUGCCUAUCGAUACUGGAGGAGAGACGGAUCUUCGGUUUGUAUAUUGUGCUGCUGCAAUUUGUGACAUGCUUGGUAAUUGGAGUGGAAUGGACAAGGAGAAGGCUAAGGAUUACAUAUUAAACUGUCAGUCAUAUGAUGGUGGCUUUGGUUUGAUCCCUGGUUCUGAAUCUCACGGAUUGGUGCUCUUCUUAAGCACAUUGCUCAUGCAUUGCUGUGUCCAGUACGGUGGAUUCAGUAAAUUUCCUGGAGAAUUACCGGAUCUGUAUCAUUCUUACUACGGUUACACGGCUUUUAGCCUCUUGGAGGAACCGGAGUUGAGUCCUCUGUGUCCUGAGCUAGGGUUACCACUUCUUGCAGCUUCAGGAAUCUGA